AUGGCUUUUAAGAACACUGGAAAGAUGCCUGUGGAACCUGAGGUGGCCAUUCACCGGAUUAGAAUUACUCUGACCAGCCACAACGUGAAAUCGCUGGAGAAAGUGUGUGCUGACUUGAUUAGAGAUGCAAAAGACAAGAACCUGAGAGUGAAAGGCCCAGUUAUGAUGCCCACCAAGACUCUGAGAAUCACAACAAGGAAGACUCCUUUUGGUGAAGGGUCUAAGACCUGGGAACACUUCCAGAUGAGAAUCCACAAGCGACUCAUUGACUUGCACAGUCUUUCUAAGAUUGUUAAACAGAUCACUUACAUCAGUACUGAGCCUGGAGUAGAGGUUGAAGUCACCAUUGUUGAUGCUUGA